AUGUCAAAAAAAGUCAAAUAUCCGUUUCAUAAAGCUGCUUUCGAAGGGGAAUUUCAUACUGUUCAACAAGCAGUAAAAUCGGAUCCUGGUGUUGUUAAUUCCCGAGACGAGGAUGAAAGAACUCUUUUACAUUGGGCUGUUUCUGGAGGUCACUUAGAGAUUGUGGAAUAUUUAUUAGAUAAAGGAUCAGAGGUGAAUACAGUGGAUGAUUCCAAUUGGACACCUUUACAUAUUGCUGUAUCAACAGGACAUUUAGACAUUACAAAUAAAUUAUUACAAGCAGGAGCAGAAAUCAAUGUACAAAAUGAUAAUGGGUUGACACCUUUACAUUAUGCUGCUUCAAAGAAUAGAAUUGAGAUAUUAUUAGAUAGAAAUGCCAAUGUUAAUAUUAUAGAUUCAAAUGAUCAAAUUCCUUUGCAUCGUUGUGCAGUUCAUGGAUUUACUACUUUUGUUAAAUUAUUAUUGGAAAAAGGUAGUAAACCUAAUACCAGAGAUAAAAUUAAGAAUAGUCCAUUACAUUUAGCUUGUGAAGAAGGGCAUGGGGAUUGUGCAUUGUUGUUAAUUGAAUAUGGAGGUGAUUUAAAUCUGGAAAAUAUUGAACAGAAAACACCCUUAGAUUUAUGCAAGAAAUGGAAACGUUUACAAGAGUUAAAAAGACGAAACGAAGAAUUCAAAGAAAAAGAUAUUGAAGUUGGUGGUGGUGGAGACGAGAAGAAUGAAGGGAAUGAUAGUAUAACUGAAGUUACUGAACUGAUCAUGGUCGAUUGGCACAUAAGGUAA